UAAUUAGUUUUAAUUAAUAAAAAAACCACAAAUCUGCAGACCGGGUCGCCUUAAUGAUCCACCCGUUAUGUAUCCAGUGACCAGAUAGGCGAUCCGGUUACCUUUAAAUUCUUUUUUUUGUUCAGCGAGUCGCCGCCGUAGUCUCGAGUCGAAUUCGUGGUCUCUCUCUUCUCCGCCCGUCGACGUUGUUCCACCGUCUAAUCACCUAACCCCGCCGGCUCUUCUUCGAGUGUAUCGUCUACUUCAAACACGCUCUCUUAAUGCUGGUCAGGAGGGUUUAGGGUGCAAAUCUUGUGCUACUAUUUGAUGGCUGCUAAUGGUCAACGCCGCUCUCGCCAGGACGACGAAAGCCCUUCAAACCCCAACAAGAAGAGGAAGGCAAACAAGAACCCGGAAAAGAAUCUCCUCUUCAAUCUCAACUCAUGCUCCAAGUCUAAGGAUCUCUCAGCUGCAUUAGCUCUUUAUGAUGCAGCCGUGGCUUCCAACGAAGUCCGACUAAACCAGCAACAUUUUCAGACCCUUCUUUACCUAUGCUCGGCUUCCAUUAGCGACCCUUGUCUUCAAACCCUUGCUGUUGAACGUGGCUACCAGAUUUUUGACCGUAUGGUCACUUCCGGGUUAACUCUUAAUGAGGCAACCGUCACUUCAGUCGCUCGUCUGGCUUCUGCUAAGGGUGAUGGAGAUUACGCUUUCGAGAUUGUUAAGGACUUUGCUUCUGUUGGCGGCACAUCGAUUCCCCGUCUCAGAACCUAUGCGCCUGCUUUGCUCUGUUUCUGCGAGAGGUUGGAGGCUGAGAAGGGUUAUGAGGUGGAAGAGCACAUGGAAGCUGCAGGCAUUGCACUAGAGGAGGCUGAGAUCUCGGCUUUGUUGAAGGCAAGCGCUGCCACGAGCCGAGAAAACAAGGUUUAUAGAUAUUUACAUAAACUUAGGGAAUCUGUUGGAUGCGUUUGUGAAGAGACAUCGAAAGUUAUAGAGGACUGGUUCUGUGGAGAGAAAGCUGGAGAGGUUAGUAGUGAUGGGAUUGGCUCUGAUGUUGAGAUGCUUAGGGAAGCUGUUUUGAGGAAUGGAGGUGGGUGGCAUGGGCGUGGAUGGGUUGGGGAAGGUAAAUGGAUUGUGAAGAAAGAUAAUGUUAGCUCGACCGGAAGAUGUUUGAGCUGCAAUGAGCAGCUGGCUUGUGUUGAUACCAAUGAGGUAGAAACACAGAAGUUUGUGGAUUCUUUGGUGGCUUUGGCUAUGGAGAGGAAGGCAAAGAUGAUUUCUUCCGAGACAAAGGUGGACUUCAGCGAGUUUCAGGACUGGCUUGAGAAACAUGGAGAUUACGAGGCUAUAGUAGAUGGAGCAAAUAUUGGUCUCUAUCAACAAAAUUUUGCAGACGGCGGUUUCAGUCUUUCACAGCUUGAAGGUGUGGUAAACGAACUAUAUCAUAAAAGUGGUGAUAAAAAAUGGCCCCUGAUUCUCUUGCAUAAGAAACGGGUCAGGACGCUUUUAGAGAACCCAACUCACAGGAAUCUGGUUGAUGAAUGGAUUAACAACGGCGUCCUGUAUGCGACUCCACCAGGUUUCAACGAUGAUUGGUAUUGGCUCUAUGCAGCUGCUAAACUCAAGUGUUUGCUUGUGACAAAUGAUGAGAUGAGAGAUCACAUUUUUGAACUCUUAAGCAACAGUUUUUUCCAAAAGUGGAAAGAAAGGCAUCAGGUUCGGUAUACAUUUACGAAAGGUAAUCUGAAGCUUGAAAUGCCGCCUCCUUUUUCUGUUGUCAUUCAGGAGUCAGAGAAAGGGUCAUGGCAUGUUCCUGUUGCAAGCCAAAACAAUGAGUCUUCAAGAACUUGGAUGUGUAUUAGCAGAAGAAGUGUUUUGGAUUCACUUAUGAUUAAUGGAAAGCUGGAAACUUCUGAAAAUGGGGACAGUUCUUAGUAUAUUUAACAACAACAGCUUCUUGAGUUCAUGUGAUGCUGCAGGUAAUGAUGAGAAUUGAGAUUGUGGAAUCUGGCAAUGGAGAGCCAUUGUUAGCAGUAUCUUGCUAAUUGAAGAUCCAUUGUUCUUUGUUGAGACUGUUAUUUUAUUUUUUUAUUUUCCGGGAAGAAUAUUACAUACAAAAAAAAACAUUAUAUCUUUGAGAGAGGAUUGAACUUUUUGCCCAUUAGAAGGAAAAUAAAAUUACAUUUUUGUUGUUUCAAAA